UUCGUUGUUCCCAGGAUGAAGAAGUAGUAACCGUGCAGUGCUGUCUACUUCUGUAAAGACUGAAUUGAACAAUAUUGAAUUUGUAAUUAGACGAGGGCCGUGUUUUGUGUGUAACAAACAUAUUUUCCGUGAUGGGGCUCAAGCUCAGCAGUGUCGUUUUCUUUCUUUUGUGGCAAACCGUGAAUGGAGACGUGAGCUAUUCCGUCCAAGAGGAAAUGAAGCGCGGAUCUCUUAUAGGAAAGAUCGCAAAAGAUCUCAGUCUGGACUCCAGAAGACUGUCUGCCAGAAACGCCCGCGUCGAUGGAUCAGGGAAGCGUAAACGUUUUUGCGAAAUCAAUCUCAGUACCGGAGAUUUGAUUGUUGCCGAACGGAUUGACCGGGAGGAGCUGUGUGGGGAGAAGCUGUCGUGUGUUGUAAAACGCGACCUUGUGCUGGAGAAUCCACUGGAGUUGCAUCCCUUCACUCUACACAUUCAAGAUAUCAACGAUAACUCCCCACAAUUCAACGAAGAAAUUAUCAAUAUUGAAAUUCGAGAGUCUGCAGACAGAGGAGCUCGUUUUGUGAUAGAGGAGGCGCACGAUGCGGAUGUAGGACAAAACUCAGUUCAGCAGUACAGCCUGAAAAAGAAUGACAAUUUCAUUUUGGCUGCUAAUGGAAACACAAUCGAGCUUGUUCUUGAUAAAGAGCUCGAUCGAGAGAAGCAAAAAGAGAUCAAUUUGCUCCUCACAGCUUUAGAUGGAGGCUCUCCUCAGAGAUCAGGUACAGUAGUCAUACACGUCACUGUCCUGGAUGCUAAUGAUAACGCCCCAGUGUUCAGUCAGGCCGUCUAUAAAGCCAGUCUGCCUGAAAACUCUCCUUUAGAUACUGUGGUGGUCACAGUGAGUGCUACUGAUGCAGACGAGGGAGUUAAUGGAGAUGUGACUUAUGAAUUUGGACAUGUUACUGAAGAUGUGAAGAAGAUUUUUAGUAUUGACCGUAAAACCGGAAUAAUCAAAUUGAAUGGUUUGAUCGACUAUGAAACUGUUUCGUCAUAUGAUUUGCGAAUUAGAGCUAGGGAUGGUUUGGGAUUAUCUUCAUACUCAAAGGUAAUCAUUGAUAUCACCGAUGUCAACGACAACAUCCCUGUAAUUUAUUUGAAAUCUCUGGCAAAUCCAAUACCUGAGAACGUGUCACCUGGUACAGAGGUGGGCAUCAUUAACGUGCAGGAUGCAGAUUCUGAUAAUAACCAACUGGUCCGCUGCUCCAUUCAGCAAAAUGUCCCUUUUAAGUUGGUUCCUUCUAUUAAAAACUAUUAUUCUGUGGUGAGCACAGGACAACUGGACCGCGAACUAGUGUCUGAUUACAACAUUACAAUCACUGCCACUGACGAGGGCUCUCCACCUCUGUCCUCCUCUAAAACUGUUCAGUUAUCUGUAGCAGACAUCAACGACAACCCACCUGUGUUUGAGGAACAGUCGUACAGCGCAUAUGUGAGUGAAAAUAACAAACCUGGCUCCACUUUAUGUUCCGUUAGUGCUCGAGACCCCGACUGGAGACAGAACGGUACGGUGGUUUAUUCUCUGUUAUCCGGUGAGGUGAACGGUGCCCCGGUGUCCUCCUAUGUGUCUGUGAACGGAGACACGGGGGUGAUCCACGCUGUGAGGUCGUUUGAUUAUGAACAGUUCAGGAACUUUAAGGUGCACGUGAUGGCCAGAGACAACGGUUCUCCUCCACUCAGCAGCAACGUGACCGUGAGUGUGUUCAUAUCGGAUGUGAAUGAUAACUCUCCUCAGAUACUGUACCCCGCCUCGGAGGGCAACUCCUUCAUGACCGAGCUGGUCCCCAAAGCUGCACACGGAGGCUCUCUGGUGUCCAAAGUGAUAGCGGUGGACGCGGACUCCGGACAGAACGCCUGGCUGUCCUAUCACAUAGUGAAAUCCACUGAUCCGGGACUUUUUACUAUUGGUAUCCACAGCGGAGAGAUCAGUACCCAGCGGGACAUUUCUGAGUCUGACAGCAUGAAACAGAACCUCAUUGUGUCAGUGAAAGAUAACGGACAGCCCUCUCUGUCUGCCACCUGUUCCAUGUAUUUACUGAUUUCUGAUAACUUGGCUGAGGUUCCAGAACUGAAGGACAUUUCUUAUGAUGAGAAGAACUCCAAACUGACCUCUUAUCUGAUCAUCGCGCUGGUGUGUGUGUCCACCUUUUUUCUGACCUUCAUCAUCAUCAUCAUGGGUGUGAGGUUUUGUCGCAGGAGAAAGCCCAGACUGUUGUUUGACGGAGCAGUCGCCAUCCCCAGCGCUUAUCUUCCUCCUAAUUACGCAGAUGUUGACGGCACAGGAACUUUACGCAGCGCUUACAAUUAUGACGCCUACCUGACAACAGGGUCUCGAACCAGUGACUUUAAGUUUGUGUCAUCUUACAAUGACAACACACUGCCUGCUGACCAGACUCUGAGGAAAAGUCCUACAGACUUUGCUGACGUUUUUGGAGAUGGUGAUGAUUCUCCUGAGGUAGGAACCUUUUUCAAAUGACAGUUUGCGUUGAAGGUGGUUUUGAAGCCCUCGCCGUUCUUUGUUUUGACUUUUUACUUUCUUUCUUUUUGUUUUGUUGUUUUGUGACUACAGUUCAUUUUGAUUUCAUAUGAAGGGAGGAAAAAUAACAAAAACAAGUUGAGGUGGUUCUUGAAGAAAGUAGAUUUCAGCUUUCUCUGACAUAAUUGUUGCUUAUCUGUUUUUACUUAAGACUUUUUGCCCAAACAGCAAAGCCUUCAUAAAUAUACAUUCUGAUUAAAUACAGCUCUAUUCAUACCACCACACUAUCUCUUCCCUCUCUCCCAUCUGUAAGCUACACACACAUGCACCCUCGCACACAAACACACACACACACACACACACACACACACACACACACACUUAAAGGGAUGGUCUCUUUCCAAACUUCUUUGAAAUAUUAUAGUGAUUUACUUGGCAUUUAAAGAUUACGUUUCACAGUAUUGCACUUUUUUGUACGUAUUACUCUAAUGGUACUUGAAUGUCUCUCAACUUUUGCGUUGCCAUUUCGAUGUUCAGUAACUUUCGCUGUCCGUGGUGCUGAACUCUGUUUGUUGCUGUGAUACAGUUCAGACCUAGUUUACCUCUCUGUUUUUGCUGCUGUUAUACCCUUUGCUAAAUUGCACUUCCUAAACACUUCUUCCCCAACUAAAGCUAAAGGAAACAUGAACGAUAGGUCUUGUGUGACGAACUUUGAAUUACCUUGUUGCUGAAAGGUGCUAUAUAAAUACACGUCCCUUGCCAUUCCGGUUUCUUUGUCCUUGGUCUUGAAUCUUUUGAAUUUGCUCAUGACUUUUUGAGAUGGUUAAAUUCUUUUUUUAAUCAACCCCUCCCCAUUUUCACAUCUAGUUUCAGUGAAUUUGUUAGUUUAUAGGUUUUGAUAAAACUGUCAAUUUUAAUUUGUCCUGUGUUUCCAAAAUAAAUGUCAGUACACUAGUCCGGUGUCGUUGGCAGUGUCUCUUUUGGAUUGAUACUUGUUAGAAUCUGAUCAGUUUUUAUUGUUAAUGAGAUGCUGACUAGAACAAUAUGAGAAUAUUAAACAUGGAGAUGUUGUGUUAAUUGUCUUGUGUCAGUGAUGCCCCGCUUGCUGAGAGAUCGGCCAUGUGUGUAUUUGUGAAAAAGCCUUUUGGUUAAGUAAGCCAUGCUGUUCACUCAAGUGAAAUUAGUAUAUUUGUUGAUGUGGUAUAAUUGAAUUUUGGAAAAAUUAGCGCAUUUUGUUUCAGGCAACCUUCAAA